AUGUCAUCGAGUUUCACCGCAGAAGCAUGCCUGACACCAACUUUGGGAGCAGUCCCUCAAACAUUUUUGGCAGCUCUGCAGUAUUUUGCUGCAGCUCAGUGCGUAUUGACACGUCCCUUACUGCCAGAGGCUGAUGUAAAUGACGGCGAUACUUUUGACUUCAUCAUAGUAGGAGCCGGUUCAUCAGGGAGUGUUGUCGCUAAUCGGCUUAGCGAAAUUGAAGAUGCAAAGAUUUUACUCAUUGAAGCUGGACCUGAUGCUCCUUUGGAAGCAGAUGUACCUGGUACCGAAGGCGCUUUAAUAAACACGAUAUAUGAUUGGCAAUAUUUAACAGUUAACAACGGAAGAACUGAUCAAGGUCUCAUAAAUGGAUCCGUAGGUUGGCAUAGAGGCAAAAUGUUCGGUGGCUGCAGUAGUAUUAAUGGUAUGAUCUAUGUAAAAGGGAAUGAUCAUGAUUACCAGAGAUGGUAUGACGCAGGCAAUACAGAAUGGAGCGUAGAAGAAGUAAGGAGAUGUUUCAAAAAAGCUGAAAGCCUUCAAAACGAAGAACUGCUGAAAAGUCUAACAGCAAGAGAAACUUAUGGUCAUAAUGGACCACUAUUUAUAAAUAAAUUUAACAGUACAUUUAAACCUUAUUUAGAGAAGGUAGUUGAUUCCUGGGACGAAAUUGGUUUUAAAAAAGUUGAAGAUUUAAACACAGAAAAUGUAAUGACUUCUGGAUUUAUUACUGCAACAGCAGCUAAUGGGAUAAGGCAAAGUAUAGAUAGAGCAUAUUUAUUGCCAAUAGCAAACAGAAAAAACUUGAAUAUUCUGAAAAGUACAUUGGUAACAAAAAUUUUGGUAGAUGGCAAUUUAACAGCAAUCGGAGUUGAAGUUGAAAAAUAUGGUAAAAAGAAGACAUUCUAUGCUUCUAAGGAAGUUAUAUUAUGUGCUGGCCCAAUAAGCUCUCCACAGCUACUCAUGUUAUCUGGUAUCGGUCCCGCAGGACAUCUUGAGGCAAACAACAUCACUACUAUCGUGGAGUCACCAAUGGUUGGCCAAAAUCUUAAGGACCAUAAUUUUGUACCAGUAUUUAUAUACGCUGAUGUACCGGACCAACCGAAAGAAUCUGAUACAUUCCUAAGUGUUCUAAGUUAUCUAGCUGAUCGCCAAGGGUCUUUAGCGUUCAGUAAUUUACUAUCAGAUGCUAUAGCAUUAUUCUCAACUGAUAAAAAUCCUAAAUAUGCCAAUUGUCAGAGUCACAUGUCGAUUAUUCCUAAAAAUACGACAACAUUAAAGCAAAGUUUUAUGGGAGCAUUCCGAUAUAAUGAAAGCGUCAUGGAUUCAAUAGUGGAACUGAAUAAGAACCAUGGGAUUUUCUUCUUCCAUUUUAAUCUCCUACACCCUAUCUCAAGUGGAAAUAUAUCCUUGAACUCUAACGACCCAAAAGAUGCUCCACUUAUUUAUCCAAACUACUUUGAAGAUGCAAGAGAUUUGGAAACAGUCGCUAAAGGAGUUAUAAUGUUGACGACAAUUUUGGAGACCAAGUAUUUUAAAUCAAUUAACGCUUUCUUGGGGAGGAUGAAUGUGCCUGCCUGUGAUGAGUUCGAGUUAGAUAGUGUCGAAUAUUGGAAAUGUGUUGCUGUCAACUUGGUUACGACAAUAUUCCAUCCUGUGAGCACUUGUAAGAUGGGGUCUGAUAUAAGUAUGUCCGUAGUGGACAGUCGGUUAAGGGUGCAUGGAGUAAAAAACUUGAGAGUGAUCGAUUCCAGUGUGAUGCCCGAUACUGUCAGCGGUAACACAAAUGGUCCUUCUGUCAUGGUUGGAGAAAGAGGAUCAGAACUUGUUAAAGAAGAUUAUUAUGAGCUUAUUGGUUAUUAAUUGUUA